CAUCCCAGCCCCUUCCUCUGCGCUCCUUCACGGCCGCCGCUCGGCCCGGCCGCCCCUCCCGCCUUCUCCGCCGCGCGGCACGCCGCCAGCCCGGCAGCGGGGAGGGCCCUUCCAGCCGCAGCCAUGGCUGCCGAGGGGGUGGACGAACGCUCCCCGCUGCUCUCCGCGCCCAGCUCCGGCAAUGUCACCCCCACCGCGCCGCCCUAUCUGCCGGACAGCAGCCCCCGAGAGCUCCCACCUCCAUAUACUGCCAUUGCGAGUCCAGAUGCCAGUGGUGUUCCUGUCAUAAACUGCCGUGUGUGCCAGUCACUAAUCAAUUUGGAUGGCAAGCUACACCAACAUGUUGUUAAGUGCACAGUUUGCAAUGAAGCUACGCCAAUCAAAAACCCUCCUUCAGGGAAGAAGUAUGUUAGAUGUCAGUGUAAUUGUCUGCUUAUCUGUAAGGAUACAUCUCGGAAAAUAGGCUGCCCAAGACCAAACUGUAGACGCAUCAUUACUCUUGGUCCAGUAAUGCUGAUCCCAGAAGAGCAGCCAGCUCAGCCUGCCUUGCCAGUUCAACCAGAUGGAACUAGAGUGGUGUGUGGGCACUGUGGAAAUACUUUCCUUUUCUUCUGUUGGAAGUGCAUUGCCUCGGAGACGUUGCUGUGCAUAUAUUACAAUUGGAAUGAUUUGCAUCUUCAUUGGAGUUGGGUUAACUGUUGGUACACAAGAUUUUGCCAGGCGAUUUCAUGCCACCUAUGUUUCUUGGGCUAUUGCUUAUCUCUUAGGUUUAAUCUGCCUCAUUCGAGCCUGCUACUGGGGAGCUAUAAAAGUCAGUUAUCCAGAGCACAGUUUUGCAUAGAGAAAUUGUUAGAUUAUAGCAGAUGCUCAUCUAUUAAUUCUGGAUAUUACAUCUUGGACACUUUUAAAACCUUUCCUGUAAGGAUUCCAUUCUGUUCAAAGUAGUUCUAAGACUGGAGGUCUCUAAGAACAAAUGUUCAUUGCACUACAUAAUAUGCAAAUAGUUUGUUUUGCUGCUAGAUUCCCUAGCUCUGAAUACUAAAGCUGUGUUUACAUGUUCAUAACUCUUGUCUUUAUAGGUGUUGAAUUUGAUUUCAACAGACAGUAUUAAGUUUUACAUUUCUUUCGUUAUGUUAAAAUUCGUUUGCCAUUUUUCUAGAUGAUCAGUAAGAAUUCAAAAGCAAGAGUGUUUAUAAGUGUUUCUACAGUAGCUUCACAUUUGUACUUAACAUUUUAACUACAAUUAUGUUCAAAGUGGCUUGCUUUAAAACCUAAGCAAUAAGCAUUUUGCUUGAACUGCUUACUGUAUCUUUUGCCUAAGAUCAUAGUGACCUUACUGGGGAAAUGAAAGUUACAAGUGUACUUCAAAAGACUGACACUGUUGAUAGAGACAUUUGUAAACACUGUAUGCUUUGAGAUUUUCAGGUAAAGAGAUGCUAUUUUGGUAGUUUAAAUAAAUUUCCACUUAGUCAGGAUUGGAUUUCAGUUAGGGUAAAUGCUUUCUUCUCAUGGAUCCUGGGACUUGGGUGUUUUUUGUUUUACUUUUACUUGGCAGAUUCUAAAAGCCAUGCUCGGAUUAUGGAACUUAACUCUGGUUAUUUGUGCAAGUUCCUUUACAGGGUCUAAGGGAAGCAUUUCAUAUGACCUGUUUAGAAAUACUUCACUGUCAUGUAGGUGACUGUAAGGUGGUGAUGGGUUGCCUCCUACUUUCCUUUGAUCAUGUCAGAUUUUUCCUGUUCGGGAAAGUUGAGCACUGGUCGUUGCAAAGGGAGACACUGUAAAUUCACAUGUAAAUUCAUAUUAACUGCUGUAGUAAGAAAAUGGGUAAACUUGGAUCAUUCCAUCAGAGUACAUCUAGUCAAUUGAGCACUCGUAAUAAGAGAAUACGGAAACAGAACGCUUUUCCUAAUGAUGUAUUCACAAAGGAUUGAGGGACCAGUUCUUGCACUGCCCAUCUUUAUAGUUUUAAACAAAUUUUUGCUAAAUUCAGAAGGAAUGUCCUGAGUGAUUUAGACUGUAGUGAUUUAGAUAAUGGGGUUGGAUGGGUAAAUUAAUGUGGAUGUUUCAGGGAUACAUGUAAUUUAAAUUAUCUAUGUUCCUCCUAGGACAUAAUGAUAUUCAGAUAAGGAUUUUGGAGCACAAUAAAUGUAAAUGAUCAAACUGUAAAUGAUCUGUCUUUGUAUGAUGCUAAAUGUAUAAAGCAGUAGCUCAGGAUUACAAUGUACCUUUUACAAAUAAACUAAUAAAGAAAUAAAGAUUAUUAUUCAAACAUAA